GACGGCUAGGUUGCUAUUACCAAGAAGGGCAUUUCUGCCAACGUGCCGCCACGGUUACCAGGGAGCUUGCCCCGGUAAUGGCGGUGGCUCGUUCCCUCCCCUAGCCCCCGGCGUCACCCGUCCCUCCCCUCCUGCCGCUGCCGCCGCCGCCGCCGCCGGGAUACCGACCGCCCUCGGUCCUCCGCGGCCGCAUCACGCCACGCGACCGACCUUCCCUGCUGCGGCGUUUCGGAAACAAAACGGAGAAGUGUCGUCCCUUGCAGAGAGGGUUCAGGGGUCUGGAUAUCCUGACGAAACUGACUCGAGCCGAUGGGGUGCUGUGGAAGCAGUGCCGUAGAUGACGAGGAACAUCUGGACUACAGCUCCGGAAGAGUGACCAUCAUACCAGACCUGAAGUGUUGGGAGCAGAAAUUGGAGGAAGCGAAUGAACUUGGACAGACAGUUGUGGUAAAGUUCAGUGCGACUUGGUGUGGACCAUGCAGGAACGCUGCUCCACUAUACGCCGAGCUUUCCUUGAAGCAUUCUGAUCUUGUUUUCUUCUCCAUUGACGUCGACGAACUGCCGGAAUUGGUCACGCAAUUCGAUGUACGCGCAACUCCAACGUUCAUCUUCAUGAGAGACAUGAAGGAGAUCGACAAGCUGGUCGGGGGCAACCAGGAAGAACUCCAGAAGAAGUUCGAUCCGUACUGCCAGUGACAGUAGAGGCGAUCCAUGGCCGGAUUCGUCUGUCAGUAUAGGAUCAGAACGAGCAUGGCCAAACAUCUGAUUGGCUGAAAGAAGGAGCAGGUCAGAAUUUUGCAGCCAGUUGAUGAGCUCUCUCUGCGAGUGUCUGCAUCUGCAUAGAUUCGAGGAACUGAAGCAAAGGAAGUAGGAUCUCUGUCUAGCAUAAUGUAAGGUUAGUUAGUGUGUGAAACUCUGCACCACAUUGUUCACAGCAUUCCCAUACAGAAAAGUUGUAACAUCAGUUACCAGAUGACUCCCUUUUGAAUUUGGGAUGCCUCCCACUGCCGGUAUGGUAUGCCCAAGGAUUCAAUAAUGCGCAAUAUACAAGGAUGGUGAAUCGAUCGGAGGAUU